CGUGCAGAGUUCAGAUCUACCACCAAAAAUCUCACUCGCCCAUCCCAUGAAGACGUAACGUUAUAUCAAGAGCGCGCACAGCCCACUACAGUCUCAUGCGAUCUGGAGAGCGAAUUUAGUUUCUGUUUUACGAGUAUCCGUGAACCCACACACAGCCUGCGAUGCUUGAGCUUACACGAUUAUUGAUUUGUUAAUAAUGCGCACCGUUUUAUGCACAUUUAAAUACGUGAUUGUUUCAUUUAUGGUCGCUUGUUAGAAAAGAUAAUAAGGUGCGUUAUAUUGCGGAGGCGCUGAUAUUGAUCUCUUUUCAUCUAACGUUAUUUGCGUUUGUGAUCGAGCAGGAGGGAGGAGUGGCGGUGACAACGACUGGCUCCUGAAUUCGGAAUCCUGCCUAAAAUCCACAAAGAUGCUAUAUCUGCCAGUGUUAUCCAUGAGCUCAGAUCUACAGCAUUACAGUUUCAGGAUGCCGAAUAUAGGGUUCCAGAACCUUCCCCUCAAUAUCUACAUUGUCGUCUUUGGGACGGCCAUUUUCGUCUUCAUCCUCAGCCUACUCUUCUGCUGCUACCUGAUUCGGUUACGGCACCAGGCUCACAAAGAGCUCUAUGCAUACAAGCAGGUUAUUCAAAAGGAAAAGGUCAAAGAAUUAAACUUGCAUGAGAUUUGUGCGGUGUGUUUGGAGGAAUUCAAGCAGAAAGAUGAGUUGGGAAUCUGCCCGUGUAAACAUGCCUUUCACAGAAAGUGCCUUAUUAAAUGGCUGGAGGUGAGGAAGGUUUGCCCGCUGUGCAACAUGCCCGUCUUGCAGCUGGCGCAGCAGCAGAGCAUGUCCGAAUCUGUGCCCCCAUCGCAGCAGCCUCUGCCCGGAGUGGAGAACCUGGUGUAGCCCCUCCUGUUUCUCCUAAAAAUCUGACCACCACUACCUUCACACUCACUCCUGUACAGGUACACAUUCAUAUCCAAGGACAGAGCGCAGGAUUUGUGCCUGGAGCCACGGUGACCUGUGACCUGCAUAUGUUCAUGUCCUGCCUCGGUGGCUUUACAAAGGAUUUUUUUUUUCUCCAAAUUACAAAAAUAGAUGACUUCCAGUGGGAUAAUGACAAAGAAUUGAGUUUACAUGGCCAAGCCAUGUUUAAAGUAACCGUUCCACACCAAAGCACUUUUUUGAGGACACCAGUGAGAGGCUAAUAAAAGACAAGGACUAAAAAAAACAUAACAUUAAAACGCAUUAAGAAAAAAACUUCUUUUUUUUUAACUAAAGGUUGUUUUUUUUUUUUACUAGCACUUUACACAAAACUCAAUCCUAGUUGCUUGUUUUAUAUUUUAUGAUUUCAAACUUUUUUUUUAGAGCCACAGAGCAAACCAUUGCUUUUAUUUUCAUUAGAAAGGGUUACAUUUAUACUGUAUAUUAAAGGGACAGCAGCUCUCCAGUGUGUAUAUGUUUGUUUGCGUGAGUGUUUAUGUAUUAACAGUCAGUGGAAUGGCUGUUUCGGUAGAUACAAUUCAUUGUGACCUUUUGCUGGUGGCCAAAACAAAUGUGAACGCAGAGUAUGUCUUAUUAAGGUCAGGAUGUGACCUAACAGUAUUUGAUCUGUGUUCUGUGGAUGUCUUUAUAUUUGAAAUGCUUUUUAACUGAGGGCUGUGUUAAAUACACACACACACACACACACACACACACACACAUCUGUACCUUUUGGUUCAAGGCCAUAUUUGAUGCAAAUUUGUAACCAAAAAUCCUGGAGCAAAAUACACGUUAUUGUCUAAAUAGCAUAAACAUUACAUACUUAUAUAUAUAUAUAUAUAUAUAUAUAUAUAUAUAAUACACAACUCUUCAUAGUUAAAGUAUCAGUCAGUUUCUGGCUUCGUUUUUUUUUUUUUUUUGCACGCCUGACUUUGGCUUCAAGUUUUGCAGAUGUGUUACAGAGUUAAUGGAAAUAGGUGCAAAUUAAAUGAGGCGUUUAAUCAUAUUUGAACAAAAUGUCCCAAAGUAUUGUUUGUCUUUUUAUAAAUUAUUGCAUAAAUCUGGGGCUUUAUGCCCCAGGCACUGUUGAGUAUUAUAUUUUCUUAGUUAUUACGUAUCUCCCAUGAAGCCCUGGCUCUAUACAUUGCAGCCAGUGUGUGUGUGUGUGUCUGUGUGUGUUCAUACUGGCUCUCAUAUUGUGCUGCAUAGCUUUCUGAAAAUAUGCUUGGCAUAAAGCUCAGAUCUGUCUCCAACAAAUAUUAAUGAAAGAAAUGGCCCAGAGGCAAAUCAAACAAGACAUGCAACAGAAACAAACUCCGAUUUGACCUGAAGUUGCAGACACCAUCUAGUAAUCAGUUCAGCACAGCACCGAAUCCUCAGCCAUUAAGAUCAAUGACCAGCAGGUGGAUUCAGUCAGCAGGGAAAGCCGUUCUUUAUUGUCUGUAAUAUAAUAGAAGCUCUGGCUCUUUCCUGCUCUAUUAUACAGCUAUUUUUCUAUAGGGUCAGGCUGGGUCUCUGUGCCCUCCAGGUUAAGCCAUUCUAGAAAGGAAAUAUGUACAUUAUUAGACAUAUGGGCUGGCCGCAACACCCGAAAUGAUGCCAGAUGUGAAAACUUAUUUUUGGUGCCAAGUAGAAUUAUCUGACACAAGUAAUGUUUUAUCGAAACCCAAACUAAAUCAGCACUGGUUUGGUUUAAAGUGCUGUCUGGUUAUGGACUACUCAUGCAUUGCCAAGAAAACUGUCCGCCACGUUCUGCAAUGUGUCUUUGUGUUUUUAAGCUAGAUUCAGAUUGUGAAUUAAGUUGAGCUUAUAUAUUGUAUUUAUUUUUGUAUAUAAAUUGCAUUUGCUGAGGGUAUGAAGAAAUUAAAAUAAGUUUAUUUCUUUUUCUUUUCUUUUUUUUUUUGGUACUGUCUUAACAAAGUGUAAAACACUGAGGGUUUCCUUUAGACUUGUAAUUCCUUAUCAUGGACAAAUAUUGUUGAGUCCUAAAUUAGGAUCUCUCCUUCAUCUCUUUGGUGUUUGUAACAUUGCAGGUCUUAAAGACUCACUCUGAUCACGAAUGUAUGCAUAUAGAGAGCUGAGGUUCAUCCGUGUCAAUAUAAUGUGAAAGUAGUUAUGCCUAAAAUUAAGAAUUACAUCACUGCACUUUUUCAUAUUCUUCCAUUUUGGUGGUAUUUUAGCCUCUCCAUUGAGGCAGAACUGAAAUGGGGCAGAAAAAAAAUGCUUUCUUAUUUAUUGUGUGCUUGUUUAAAACCCAUAACAUUUCAGUUGUACUUUCUAACAGCUCUAAGAUAGUGCUAAUGCAGAUUAGGGCAAGAAAAAAGGCUUUGUGGACAUCGUUACAAGCUAUUUCAAAAUCCAUAAUCAAUUUGAAAACAUCUAGAAAACCGGUCAAAUUAGUGUGUUUCUACAGGAGUGUUAGGUUACAUUUUUGCUUAAUAUAUUCAAACUAAUGUUUUCUACUGAUCAUUAUUGAGUGCCACAUCUUGUUGACCAAUUGUAUUUUGAAAAGGCAAAAUAAGGAUUUCAGAUCCAACUUUGCAACUUGUUUGUUCCGAGCAGGCUUUGUAGAGAUAAAGAUUUUAUUGUAAGUAAAGAAGGCUGUUUGGGAAGAUAUUGGCAGUAUUUCUUUUUUAAAGUAGUAGUUAUUUUAUUUAAUGUUUUCAAGAGUCACUAAGGCACAUGACAUCAUAAACUAUAAACUAUCCCAAAGUCAUUGUUAACCACCGUGACAAUGCAACAUGUUCUUUAAACUUCUCACACCCCUUCUUUGCUUCAUUCAGAGAUGACCUAAUCUUGCCCCACCCCUCAUUAUUGUGACCUCACAGAUGUAAACAUGAGCCCCACCCCUUCUUACCACAGUCUUUUAACACUGCUAAUGUUUGUGAAUUUCACAGACAUGUUUGUAAAAGUAAGAAUUCUGCAGCAGAAUAUUUUCUGUACAGUUUUUGUAAACUAUAUUUUUGUAUAUUUAAUCAACAUUUCAAAGAAAAUAAAAACUGCAAAGAUGCUUUUUUUUUUUUUUUUUUUUUUUUUGCUAAUUUUGUGUUAUAUUCAUUCAAAUGUGUUGCAUGUGACUGACUUGAAUUGUAAAUAAAGUUGCCAAGUUUUUGGAAUAAAG